UCUGCUGAUGUCUGCCUCUGAGGUAGCUGCCGAUGAAACUGACUGCUGUCUCAUCCAGGCUAUAGGCUCGCAGCUUCUCCAGUAGCAGAUUGUGUGGAAUACAGUCAGGCCUUGGACAGAUCCAUCACAACUGCACCAAUAUACUGAUGAUCAUCCUAGGCCCAAUGCCAAUCCUCAAGUAGAUGCAGCAGAGUAGACUGGCACCCAAAGCCCCUUCUGAAAGCUGCUAAAAACAACAUUGAUGACACAUGGACAAUUAAUUAAUAAAAACAGGAGUUUUAUAUACAUCAUUACAUUGUAUAUAUGCAAAGAACAGGAGUUUUUCUUAUCCAUAUGCAUUAAAUACAAGAAAUGGAAUGUGACUUGAGUGACACUGAUGUCAUUAGUGAUAUGGACUGUGAUUUACCUGAUCUUGAUGGGCCACAAGUUGUGUCUCAACCUACUCGUCAGAUCCACUGUUUAUCUGAUAGUUCUGACUCUGAUGCAGAUGAAGUUAAUUGUAAAACUGCAUACAUUCCAUUAAAAGAACGGGUUCUUAAUUGUCAGAAUUCAAAUAAAAGUAACAAAUACCAAGAAUUCUCUGAUGCCUCGGAUGUUGAGAUUGUAGAUUAUAAAGCCAGCCAUGAUCUUACCAGGAGCCCUGUACAUGUUGCUAUUAGCGACGAUUCAAAUGACAGCUGUGUAUUGAGGUGCUACAGCCCAUGUAGUGACAAUGAUUUGGAACACCAACCUCUGUCCAGUCUGAUCAGUAAGGCACCCUGUACCACUACAGGUCCAUCUGUGUUAACUAAUAAAAAUGUUAGUCAUCAUGUCCAAGGAGCUGAACCUGGAAUUCAAAUUUCAGGAUAUAGUCAACUUUCAGAAAGUAAAACUUUGCUGUCUACCAUUCCCAGUAUGCAAAACUCAAGGAAAAGAACUGCAGAUGAAAUCAUAGAAAGGAAAAGACAAGCACAGAUGAAACGAGAUGAAAAGGAAAAACAGAAGUUUGAAAGACAGAAAUCAAAAGACGAAAAACAGGCAGAGAAAGAAAGAGCAGCACUUAUAAGAAAUGCAGAGAGAAGCAGAAAGAAACAGUAUGGUCUGCUGAAAGAUUGUCUUAGUUUUAUGAAGAUUAUACUGGACACUCACCUUGUGAAUGACCUUGGCCUUGGAGCAAGCAUCUUUAAGAGUUGUGAGUCCCUAGGGGUACAGUGUGUGGCUGAGCCCCAGACCAUCCCCUUCACCAUUACCUGGCAGAGAACGGUCACAGAGUGUGAUGUUACAGAAGGAAAGGUAGAUACAUGGACAAGACAGACGGUGGAAGAUAAUGUUCUUACCCUCAUACCUACUUCAGACUUCGUUCAUUUUGUCAAGAGUUUCAAACAGUUACAGAUGGGCGAGGAUCAGGGACAGACAACUCUGAAGCAAUAUAUAAAGACCAUACAGCAGCAUUAUCAAGGAAAGCAUUUAACUGCUGUUGUUUUAGGGAUGGAGAAAUAUUUCAGGGACCAGAAAACAGCCAUACAGCGUAAACACAAAGAGGUAGUGCGCUCUAUGGACCAGAGAGAACCUUCACGACCAAAGAAAACAAAAACAGGGGAGACAACUUCAGUAGUGUCUAGAAUGGAAGUGGAGGAGGCAGUCAUUGAAACACAGCUCCAGACAGGAACCAUGGUACACAUGAUGGAGUCUAAUGAAGAGUUUGCACAAAUGGUUAAAACAUUCACCAAGGCUGUUGCUGAAAAACCUGCAAAGAAAGACAGACUAGAGAAUGUAUUCUCCUUUCAUGAGGAUGGGACAACUGGUGUCAGAGUAGAUAAGUCUGGUCAUGGCCUUCUCAAAGUCUGGAAACAGCAGCUCCUCCAGUUUAAAAACAUCAGCCCAGACAUUGCAGAUGCAGUGCUAGCCGAGUAUCCCUCCCCUUGGCUUCUGUAUAAGGCAUUGAUGGAAUGCACAGAUGAGACCACGGCCUCACGUCUUUUAGAGAACAUUGUGGUGAGACGUGGAACAGGUGUGCUACGAACAACCCGGCGAAUCGGCAAGGAAAUGUCUCGUAGAAUAUAUUUGUUUCUUACGAGCAGAAACCCGGAUGUCAUUAUCAAAUAACACAUAUUAUCACAUAAUGUACUGUGUUAUCUAGUGAAUAUACCCAUGUCAUACUUUUUUGCGUAUUAACCCAUGUAAUAUGACCUAUCAGCCCUGUGAUUGAUUGUAAGUUUCAAUUGUUUCGAUGGUGACAUCACGCCAAGGACAAGUACAUGACGUCACAAACUUACACACUGGAGUCAAAAUGGCGGCUUUUU